AUGGAUGGUCAGUAUCCGAUGCGUGGGAACUAUGGAAUGCAUAGAGGGCAACAAAGACCUUUUGUCGAUGCCAGGCAGCCACAAUUUGGUGGCUCACCCCCAUAUUCAUCCACUCCAAACAGCUCUUACCAUGGCUCACCGCAAGCCAAUUCACCAUACCACAAUCAGAGAGGUGGCUGGGGUGGAGGCCAGGGACAAUAUGGUCAGAUGCAAAACUCCUCUCCCCCUUACCGGCAAAACAGCUAUUCUGGUCCAGCUGGCCUAAACAAUCCGAAUCCAUACUACCAGAACCCACAGCAAUAUCACGGAGGCAAUCAACAGGGAUAUCAGCAACCGCCGUAUCGGGGUGGGCAUGGCUCACAUCGCGGUGGACAUUAUUCGCAGCGAGGACACCCGGAUCAAAGAUUCAGUGGUCCACGUCACCGAGGCAGAGGGGGACAUUUCAAUAAUCUGCAAUGGACGGCACCAGGUUCAAUACCCAAAGGGCCACAAAACCAAAACUUUCACAGCGGCCAUAGCAACGCCUCCCAAGUAUCUCCAAGUCCUUCUCACGCCACAUCACAGGACGGUCGAGAAGCUCCGGCUGAUGAAGAGAAUCCAUUCAGACCGUCAAAAGAGUUGCAAGCGGAAGAUGAAAGAGACAGCAGGCUUGCUGGGCACGAGGAUCCACAGAAUAAUGACCGGGCAGGGGCUGCUGGUUCAAAAUUCAGCUUUGCCUUCAAAUCCAAAGUGCCACCUCAGGCACCCGCAAGGGCUGCUUCAGACUUUUCCGCCAGGUCCAAAGGACCAUUCCAACCUCCAGAGAAUCGACCUUCCUCGCACGUCAAGAACAGGCAUUUCGAACGACGAGACGAUUGGCCUGGAGGUCGCCCUUCCAAUAAAAUACCACAACACCAUGACCGAAGAUUCCCUAAUGAACGGCAGCAUAAUCCGAACGAGCGGAGGGCAGAUCGAUCACGUUCUCCUCCUUCAAAGAAAUUCAAGAAGGAAAUCAAAUCACGGCCCACGUUACCUCCCGAGUUCGUCGACUCCGAAUCCAUCUAUUUCCGAAAGCCGGGAAAUGAGUCGGUUGUUGGUGCAGGUACAUACGGAAAGGUGUUCAAGGCCAUCCACAUAUACACAAAAGACAAGGUUGCACUGAAGAAGAUCAGGAUGGAAGGGGAAAGAGACGGAUUUCCCAUAACCGCUGUGCGUGAAAUCAGGCUGCUGCAACAUCUCCGCCAUAAACAUGUUGUGGCGCUGCAAGAAGUCAUGGUGGAGAAGAAUGAAUGCUUCAUGGUUUUUGAGUAUCUGUCGCACGAUUUGACGGGUCUCAUCAAUCAUCCAACUUUCAAGCUCACACCCGCGCACAAGAAGGACUUGGCGAAACAGAUGUUUGACGGAUUGGAUUACCUCCACCGUCGCGGCGUCCUCCAUCGGGACAUCAAAGCGGCAAAUAUUUUGAUCUCGAAUACUGGUCAGCUCAAAUACGCCGAUUUUGGUUUAGCCCGCUUUUACACCAAGUCCCGACAGUUGGAUUAUACCAAUCGUGUAAUCACCAUUUGGUACCGUCCACCUGAGCUUCUUUUAGGUGAGACCCAAUACGGUCCUGAAGUUGACAUUUGGUCGGCCGCCUGCGUCUUUGUGGAGAUGUUCACCAAGAAAGCCGUCUUUCCUGGAGAAGGGGGCGAGCUCAGCCAGAUUGACAAAGUCUACAAUGUCCUCGGCACACCAACGCGAGCGGAUUGGCCUUCGAUUACCGAUCUGCCCUGGUUCGAACUCGUGCAACCCGUCGACAGACGCAAGAGAGUUUUUGAAGCCAUGUUCAAAGACGUCUUUACCGCCGCCGGCCUUGAACUGGUCCAGUGGAUGUUCAAGUACGACCCUAGAAAACGGCCAACUGCGGAUCAGGUGCUGAGGCAUGAUUACUUCACCAAAGAAGAGCCGCAGCCACUUCAGGCGGUGGAGCUUGCACACGUCGAGGGCGAUUGGCACGAGUUUGAGAGCAAAGCACACAGGAAAGAGAAUGACCGCCGCGAAAAGGAGAGGAAGAAAGAAGAGUACAUGCGGGAAAGGGAGAAGAGAAAGGCCCGAGAAGCGGGACUUCCCGAACCGGGGAACGAUGACAAGAAAGUAAAGCUGGAUGAUGCAUCUGCCUCCGGAAGAGACAUGCCUCCGCCUUCUAAUGUUGGCAGUGGUCCCGCGAGUCAUUCGGUCCCGCCGCCAGCCGAGGAGUCCAAAGCGGACGACGAUGAGGAUUCGGAGGGCGAGGGCAGCGCACGGAUGAGCAUGUCGUGA